AGUCUCAUUGAGAGACAUUCUUUUUCAUUUGUGCUCACAUCCAGAUUCACGCAGGACUGCCAUGAAAACUUGUUUUCGGUAGUGCGACAGGGCAACCCUAUCCCAACUUCUUGGAGUUUAAGAUGACCUUGAAAAUCAUCACACACUCGCAGUACCUGAAGGCGUCCAAGGCAGGGUCCUACGAACUGGACGAUGCCUCCUUUCACCUGGCUGACCUCGCAGACUUGGAUGUACAACCUGCUGUGCCCACCGACAUUUUUCUUGAGGAGGUAGAACUCACCAUGUCACAACCUGAGGAGAAUAGCUUUGACUAUUACGCGGAGGCACGAGACCCAUGUCCCCUCCAUGGUCAUCGGUUGCAGCUUUUGGCACAGUCAACAAGCUGCAAAGAGCAGCAUGAACAAAAUGAACCGGAAAAGAUGCCCAGCCACCAGCAAGCUGAUGACUGCGCCACUUCACCAUGCUGUGCCACGAUGCCAAAUUGUGUGCCAACGCCAAGCUGUGCCACGACGCCAAGCCACAUCGCUGAUGCACCAGAUGAGCCUCCGAGAUUUUGCUCAACGCUUUCCACCAACCAGAACCAAAUGUCUGACGACAACCCGUCGCUGCCAAUGCCGACUAACGACCUGGACAAGCAAGCCAGGCAAGCACGGGGUCCUUUUCAGCCUCAUCUGGGCAGCUAUGCCCAAACAGAAACGAAUAAUCGAAAGCGCAGCUUUUGUGAACACUGGUUUGCAAAGUUCAGCUGGCUUGAAUACAGUCCAGCAAAAGAUGCAGCCUUUUGCUUUUGUGGUCGGGCGUUUCCGCCGGGCAGUGGUACCAAAGCACAUUUAGACCCAUCCUUUGUUUCAACUGGGUUUCGAGCUUGGAAGAAAGCGAUAGGAAGGUUUAAUCAGCAUGAAAGGUCUGAGGGCCAUCUUAACAGUGUUGUGUCAUGGAAUUGCUCCAAAGCAAACAGAUCGAUUGGUUCAAUGCUGGAUGAAAGCUUUGAACGACGAGCGUCUCAAGUUGAAGAAAAACGAAAACAAAAUCGUGAGGUGCUAAAGCGCCUUACUGACAUCGUUGUUCUUCUCUCAAAGGGAGGAAGGCCAUUCAGAGGGCACAGUGAAAAUAAGGAAAGCGCAGAGCAAGGUCUAUAUUUAGAGAUAGUUAAUAUCUUAAAGAAGUACGACCCCGUUUUGCGGGGCCACUUAGAGUCAGGCCCAAAAAACGCCUCUUACAUCAGCAACAGAAUAAAAAAGGACAUCCUAGAGUCACUGCAUGCAGCCAUUUUUUCUUCGAUUGUCCACCGCAUAGAAGGUAAAACAGUCUCGCUCAUGUGCGACGAAACAAGUGACUGCAGUCAUCAUGAACAACUCUCCGUUGUUAUUAGGUACUUCUGCGAAAUUAAGAACAGGCCAGUGGAGGUCUUCCUUACUCUCGACAGGCUUAAAAAUUUAGACAGCGACUCUGUGUUUUCCACUUUGCAAGCAGUUCUCAACACCAUCAAUGUUUCCUGGAAUUCUGCGAGUUCCGUCUGCUUUGACGGGGCUUCUACUAUGUCAGGGCACGUUGCUGGCGUUCAAGCAAAGUGCAAAGAGCAGAACAACAAGCUCGUCUACGUUCACUGCUAGGCCCACAGCUUAAACCUGGUGCUUGUCGAU